GAUUGUUUAUAAUUGACAUUUAUCAUUUACAAUAUUGAUCAACUGGUUUAUAAUGUUGUAUCUUACUAUCAAAAAUUCCAUAUUAUCAUUUAUACACUCUUCAUAUAUACAUAUACACAUCUACAUACACAGUAGUAUGUUUUAACUGUAGGUAAAUAUGUUAAGUACAUUUAAAUACAUUAAAAAAUGUUAGUAUUCCUAAUAGCCAUAUUAACUACUCCUACUCUUACUCCUCCUCCUCCUCCUCCUCCUCCUCCUACUACUACUACUACUACUACUACUACUACUACUACUACUACGACUACUACUACUACUACUACUACUACUACUAAUAAUAAUAAUAAUAAUAAUAAUAAUAAUAAUAAUAAUACUGAUACUACUCGCAAUACUACUAAAAUAUGCGAAACAGUAGUCAAACUAUACAACAUAUAA